AUGCAGCUCUCCAACAUCGUCCUCCUCGUCGUUGCUGCCUGCAGCUCGACCGUCCUCGCCGGCCCGGCGCCCUUCGACAUCACAAAGAGGGCCGACAGAGCCCAGGCCACGGCUCUCAACAUCGUGCCGCGCGAUGUCACGAUCACUUGCAGCGGCUACGCCGUGCCGCUGUCUAGCUAUCCCUCGGAGUGCUCUGCCAACGACAACAAGUGUGCUUGCUCCCACGAUAUGAACCCUCCGACUGCGUCGUUGCCUCCGGUUGGGAAGUAG